AUGCCGACAGUACAAUCGCAUGGGGAGGAGUGGGCUCAAGGCCCGCUGCUGCCCGACCUGCCACUGCUGUUGCCGCAGCAAGUUUUAAUCAGCAAACAUGGCAAAGCUCGCUUUGAGCCAAGGCAGAAAGUGGGGGCAGUUGGCCUUUCAGCACGCCUCCUUUGUGCCUUCUGCUACGGCUCUUGUCGCCUUCCUGCUACGGCCAGGGAGGACUGCGAGGCGGGCGGGGGGCGAGGCGGAUCCCCGCGCAGCGGCCUUGCUGUUCGUGCCCGCCGGCCGGGUCCCUUUGGCGGCGAAGCUGCGCCGGGGGAGGGGGAAAAACUUCACUGGCCUAAGCAAGAGCUCUCUAAGAAAUCAGUCCUGAGUCCAGAAGAACAUAAGCUGAACAUUAAUAAUGAAAACAGUCUCCAGCACUUGCCUACUGGGAUUCUUAAGGACAUUUUCACAACAGGAACCAGUAGCUACAAUGUCCUUCUGCAGAGCAAAGAAGAGAAAAAACACCAUGCUCAAAAGCAGUCAUCUGCUCACCAUAAGAAACACAGAAAAGCCAUAAAGUGUUCUGCCACCUUGCGAAGCAGUGAGCAUCGCAAAAUCAAAGUCCCACUGCCUUUGCUCAGCAGUGGAUGGUACUGCACAAACCGACAGCCCUCCAUCUUCAUCACUAGCCCGGUGGCUAGCAGCAUGAAGUUUACAAACGGUAUUUCUGUUGCAGGGAACAGCUUAGGACUGCCUCCUCGACCCAGAAGUAGAACUAAGAGGCAUUUUAAUCUAACAAAGCCAAAGCAAUCCCAGUUAUCAAAAAGCCACGGAAAAGAGGGAGACGUCUCCGGCCGAAAACUCUGUUUACUAACUGCCAUCAAGCCUUCCAAUGUGGAGAAAGAGAAGAUGAAAUUCUUCAAGUCAGAUUUCACAUACAAUCCUCAAUUUGAAUAUGCAAACCCUGCCCUGCCAAAUGUAUUAGCUAAGCAUAGCCAAGCGUCUGACAGAUUUCUUAAGCAGUCCAUUAACAUUAUGGAACGGACGCUGCAGAAAUACGGAAGCUACGAAAAGUUUGAACAGGCCACUGGAGGCAGCUUGCUGACCAAAAGUCGCAUCUGGAAUCAUGUCAGGAAAUACAUGGUGAAAGAAGGCUGUCUUGGUGAGAUUGUGGUCCAUCUCACGGAGGACCUGCUUUCUCGAGCCUCAAUGACAGUGGUGAAUGGCCGUCCCACUCUUACUAUCAAUAUCUCCACUGCACGAGAGCACUGGCUGGAAGGGAUGCUGAGACAUGAAAUUGGAACUCAUUAUUUUCGGGGUAUUAACAACAACAGCCAGCCUUGGUGCAACUGGAACGGACGUAGAAAACAUGGGUUAAAACCAAUCAACCCUACAGAAGAGGGGCUAGCAAGCAUUCACAGCGUGCUGUUCCGCAAGGACCCUUUUCUUUGGAGGGCUGCCCUGCUCUACUACACAGUGUAUCAGGCUAGCCAAAUGUCCUUCAGUCAGCUUUUCCAGGACGUGGGGAAAUUUGUCAAGGACCCCAACACUAGGUGGGAUUACUGCGUACGAGCCAAGAGGGGGUGGACUGACACAUCACAGCCAGGCUGUUUCAAUAAGGAUCAGGUAUACUUGGAUGGCAUCCUCCGAAUCCUGAGAUACAGGGAGUCCAUUGAUUUCCAUCUUCUGACAGCCCUUGGAAAGAUCUCGUAUGAGGACGUGGACCGCCUGAAGGAAUUAGCUGUGAUUGAGAACAUGAGGGUACCGCACUUUUUGCAAGAUCACGCACGGUACAUGGAGCACUUGGAAAAGAUCAUGGAAGUCAAUGAGCUAACUGAUGAGGAGCUCCAGGAUCUCAUAAAUUAACAGCAUUAGCUAACCGUUUGUUCGUGCUGUGCAACUGAGACCAUAAAACUGGACUUCUCACAACUUACAGAAAUGGACUUUUCUACACAAGGGAGAGGUGGCCAGAAUACAUAGUUCUGUGAAUUAAGUUUUUGAAAAUGCAAAUCAUGAAAUUAUGAACUCCAAAAUCUUGCUUUUAAAAAAAGUUCCUUCAAGCUCCUUUUGCAUUGUCAUUAUAUACUGAUUAUUUUUUUAAAGAGGCUUUGUGUUUUUCUAAUUUGGCUUAGGAAUUCCUUUGCGGUGAUGUGUCCAAUCAUCUUCUCUAUGUUUUUUAUGCUACACAAAGAGUUUGACACUUUCCUUUUUAAUACACUGUCUUUUACCAUCCAGUUUUGAAGGGGGUGGGGGGAAAGGAGCUCACUCAUAUAUGCCUUGUCUUUGGUCAUAGCUUUCACAACUCACAGCAACAGAACUGCUACAGAUUAUGCUCCAUCACUGUCUGCUUAAGUCUUUCCCAUUGCUCAUCAUAGCAACAAAAAAGUCAAAAAAAAAAGGUCACAGUACAUAGAAACAUGUCCUUGUGCAAUAGGAGCAAAGCUCUGUCACACUGUAGAGAGUUGUUUUUUUUUUUUUAAACUAGGAGACUUAGAAUAAAAAAAAAAAGUAUUGCUGGUUUAAUGACUGUGAACAGGUUAUCUCCCAAAAGUUGUUCCACAUCUUUUUCUGUAUAGUACAUGUUUCAGGAGGGUGAAUUCUGGAAAGGGUUUCCCACCUUUGAGGACAAGUAUAGCAUGUCUAGGAAGUUUAACAUGUCAGUGUUUUGGAAGAAAGACUGGGCAGAACUGUGACUAACAUUUUAAAUAAAUUCAGAUAUGCAGGGACAUAAUUCAGUGCAGCAAGCAUUCCCCCACUUCUUCACUAGGUCACCAGAGCAAAGAGAGAAUCAGAUCACUUUUUGAGCAGUCAAAGGCUCUGGCUACAGCAAGCUUGAGCUUGCAGAGCUCAUGUCAGGACUGAGAUGUUGGUGAGGAGAGACAAAAGACUCACAAGUGCCCUACUGUCAUGUUCAAAGCAAUGGAACUGCUGUGUCACUUUUGAAGCAAGUUUACCUCCAUUUUAAAUGUUGGUACUAGAUCUGGAACUAAGCAGAGAAAGCAAAUUAUUGUAUGGCACAGCCAGUCAAAUGGUAAACAGCUUGCAUGAUGCAGGAGGACUUGCAGAGAACUACAUUUUCUGAAUCCAGAGUAUUACGGAAGAACUGAGGCCAAGUGAGUUUUGCACCUGGAAGUACUGUGAGAAAGGGUUUUGUUUGUUUUGGUAGAUAACAUUUUACCAGGACUGUGCUCAACUCCUGGGAAGAAGCCACGGUACCGGUGUCGCUCUGGCAGAGGCUGGAGAGGAACAAGGUUCCCUCCAUGCCACUCUUACACAUGCCUGAACCCCACUAUCUCUUUCUCCCAUCUUAUCCUUCUCCUUAAUCCAAAGGAUGGAAUAACCCCCCCCAUCCGCCACAGUCUGAUUUUACACCCAAUGCUGGUAGCAGCCAUUCCAGCUUUGGAGCCUGGAUAACACAUUUCGUGAUCCAUAGGAAGAAAUGCAUGGGGAAGAGCUCUCAGUUAGCUAAGUGGUCUGAGGUUUUUGAAUAAUACCAAGAAACUAGCUGCCUUUUAGAUAGUAUUGCAAGCGUGCUGUAGAGGCUGGCUGACUGCUUCAAAAAAGAAAAUGUACUCAAUCUGUACAAAUUUACUAAAUUCAGUCAUUUUUAAGACAUGGACCAAGGACUCCUCACAGCCUUAAGUGUAUAUUGUUCAUAGUGUUUUUGACCUGAAAGCUUGCCAGCCUCUGUAUGUUUAACAAAAAAGCCCUUUUCCUCUCCUUCCCCUUGCGGUGCUCGUAGCUGGAUCACUUGCAACCGCCUGCCCAACUUUGCUUUACCUCUGAGCUCAGCAGACGUUGCAGCAGCCUGAUGGGAAUGGCUUACAGUCACAUGCUCACUCCAGAUUUUGGAGAGAUUUUGCCACAAGCAGCAAGAAAUCCACGCACGUCAAAGACUCCAGUUAAAAAACUGUCUUUGGAGUAAAUGAGACAGAGAUUGUCUGAGCUACAGAGUAGAAGAACUGGGCUCACUUUGCUAUCUAGGGGUAUGGGAAAGUUCAGUCCUUUAUGAAAGGGCUACAAUCUUGAACUUUCUUAUCAGAGAGCAUUCCCAGCCUUCCUCCGGUUGCUUCUCUGUUAACAAAGCGCUUUGUCCUCCUCCUCCAGUAAUAGCUGUGUUACAGUCUGAGGGUAUUUACUGUACUGUCUCUCUGAAACCAGGAAGCUUUGCUAGUCACCUUGCUUUGCCACAGAUUACCAUGGUCACAGCCUUUUCUCCACCUGCCUGUUGACUGUAUUCCUGCCCUCCCGCCCAAAACGCUACAGGCCUUCUUGCUUUGGUUGAAGACCUGCAUCUCAUUUUCCCCAAAGCAGUUGGUGCCAUUUAACUUCUUAUAUUUUUUUCAUUAUUCUAAGAAUAGGUGCAACUAAUACAAGGUUUGAGUCUUAAAUUGGUCAGCAUAAACAAAAAAUACUGUAGCAGUAGAUUCAACUGUCAGCUUCCAUUUUCAGCAUCAGAUUUGUCCUUCCUCCUUUGUAAAAGUGUUUUAAAUUUGGAAGUGCAGCUUUUGUAACCUUUCUGAUUUUUUUUUUAAACUGUGAUGAGCCUGGUUACUAAGUCAUGGUACUGAAGUUCUGUAAUAAAGGUUUUGGACAGCAGUGCACAUAAGCUCAAGUUACUACAGAGUUUAAUAAUGUCAGUGCACUGACAGCCUUUUCUGGUAGUCUGGUUCAGUUGCUUUGUUACAUAUCCGUGUCUCACUACUUUUAUGUCAUUCAUACACAGAAACUUUGUCAACAUUAGAAUAGCUGCCCCAUUUCACCCAGCCAAUUUUAAAGGACAUUUUAUACAACAUUUGCAAAUAAACAAAAGAGAAGAACAGAAACUAGACUACAGAAGUGUUACUUUCAGAUGCCAGUGUUGCUUUUCACGCGACAAAGUUGGCUGCACAGCUAGCUGGAAAUCUAAGUUGUGAAAGAAAGAUUGAAGGUUUCUCAGAACUGUGUGAGAGAACAGUUGUUGGAGUCACCAAAGGUCUGCCACGUGGAUCUGUGAAAGCUGUACGGCAGGUCAGGACCCCUCUGUUCUCUAUCAGUCAGGAGCCCUGACUGCUUACAAGGAGGGAUUCAACAUACUGCCCUUUGCUAAGAUACAGUCUGAGGUGUCACUGGAGCCGCUUGACGGUGCUUCCUUUCCCAGCACCAUCCAUAUGGGAAAUGGCAACUCUAAAUGCUCUGCUCUAAAUGAUUGAUGCAUUUCCCUCUCCCCCUGCUGCUCAUUUCAGGGCUCCUUAUCCCUUCUCACAAGAAGUUUUCAUUUUAAAGUGACUUAAUCAUUUUAAUAGUAUGGUAUUAGUAUCAAAUUAAGGAGCUCUUUUCAAUAUGUAGUUUAAGCUGAGAUUGUGUAUCUUUACUAUACAAAGGGAAAAAUCUAUUUUAGGUUCACUGAACAAUUAUAUCUAAUGUAAUUGUGGACUUUUCACAACUGAAAAUAGGCCAUAUUAGAUUAAAUUCAGUGGGAAAUUUGAAUGUUGAAUUUAAAAACCAUUCAUUUAUAUUGAUUCAAUAACAAAAAGAUGUCAUCAGGAUUACAUUUCAAGGGACAGCCAUACACUUUUCUUUAAAGUUGUCUAAGUUCAUCUCUCAUGGUGCUGCUGAAAUAUUUCAUAUCUUCUCAAGUCAUAUCGCCUCCAAGACUCUUUGAGAUCCUUUUUCCAAAGUGGCUA